AUGUUUGGAGCACAAAUCAUCCAUCAGCAUGAGCGAUACUUGGGGUUGCCCCCGUUGGUGGGGAAGGGAAAAAAGAAAGCCUUCCAUCAAAUAUUGGAUCAGGUUGGUCGAAAAGUAGCGGGUUGGAAAGGAAAGCUGUUGACAACAGGGGGCCGUGAAAUCCUAAUAAAGGCCAUUGCCCAAGCCACCUCAAUGUAUAUGAUGAAUUGUUUUAAACUUCCUGAUUCCUUAUGUAAUGAGUUAAACUCGUUGAUGAGGAAAUUUUGGUGGGGUCAGCGUGAAAAAGAAAGGAAGCUUGCUUGGAUAGCUUGGGAGAAGAUGUGCACACCAAAGGCUGAAGGUGGGAUGGGUUUUAAGGAUCUCAAAGCUUUUAAUCUAGCCUUGCUUGCAAAACAGGGGUGGAGAAUCUCUCAAGAUACAGAUUCCUUGGCUCAUCGGGUGUUUAAAGCUAAAUACUUCCCGGAUUCCAACUUUUUGGAGGCUCAGUUAGGCAAAAACCCAUCAUACACUUGGAGAAGUCUAGUGGUUGCUAUAGGGGUUCUAAAGCGGGGACUGAGAUAG